AUGGCUUCUGCCUCGGCGAAGAGCGCUGUUGAACACAACAACCAUGUGGACUACGUCAUCAGCUACAGCUUUCAGGAUGGCCCCCAAGCAACGGAGCAACUUGAGUUACUGCUUCGCAAACUGUCUGAGGUAGGAUUGCAGACAGAGGUGAGGCAGGGAGAUGAGUCUUCUCUGCUCGUCUUUAUCCGGGCAUCAGACAAGAGCUUGAGGCGAGCUGUUUAUCGGUCGCGUGUUCGUGACUGGCUUUAUGGCCUCCGUAAUACUGAACCCGAACCCAGUGGCACAGCUGAGCCCCAGACAGAGGCUGAGCGCCUCCGUGCUAUCAAUCACAUGAUAACCGUGCCCAAGGAAGAAGGUGGCGCGGGGAUCACUCCCAACCAUGGAGAUUGGAAGAAUGUGGUUGCACUCUUCCCAUUGCAUGAUGAAGAGAUCAACAAGCGGUGUCUGAGGGAUUGGAGCAAGAAGACUUUCCUAUCAACAGAUGACUUGGAGCUGAUUCGUGACAGGUUUGGAGAAAACGUCGCUUUCUACUUUGCCUUUUUGCAGUCGUAUUUCAAGUUCUUGGUAUUUCCAGCCGUUUUCGGGUUCUCCUGCUGGCUGUUGCUUGGCUCAUUCUCUAUAAUUUACACCGCAGUUAACUGCCUGUGGUGUAUCGUAUUCGUCGAGUACUGGAAGACAAAAGAGGUUGAUCUCAGCUGCCGAUGGCAAACCAAGGGCGUCUCGGCUCUUCGUGCAAAGAGGCGAGAAUUUGAACCCGAAAAAGAAGUUCGAGACGAAAGUACCGGAGAGACUCACGGAGUCUUUCCCGCGACCAAGCGGCUUUACAGACAGCUUCUCCAGGCUCCAUUUGCUAUACUUGCCACAGUUGCUCUGGGCCUGAUCAUUGCCACCUGCUUUGCGAUCGAAAUCUUCAUUUCCGAAAUUUACAAUGGACCGCUCAAGACAUACCUGGUGUUCAUCCCAACUAUCCUUCUCUCCUCCCUCGUGCCGACCAUGAGCGCCGUCCUGGUAUCUGUUGCGACUAGGCUCAAUGACUACGAGAACUACGAAACCCAAGAUUCGUACGAUGCGGCAUUGACACAGAAGAUUUUCGUCAUCAACUUUAUUACUUCAUAUCUCCCCAUUUUCUUGACGGCCUUUAUUUAUGUGCCAUUUGCUAGCCUUAUUGUGCCAUAUCUUGACGUCUUCCAGUUAACCGUCCGGCCAUUUGUUUCCAAAGAAGAUGCUCUUUCGACGCGCGGGGAGUUCAGUAUUGAUCCGGCACGUCUGAAGAAGCAGGUCAUCUAUUUCACCGUCACGGCACAAAUCGUGGGCUUUGCCAUGGAAACCAUCGUCCCGUUCCUCAAGCAGCGCCUUUUCCGCAAAUACAAGGCAUUUUCUAAAGGACGGUCUAUCAAGGCCGAAGAGGAGGAAAAUUCGGCAGAGAAGCGAGCUGCUCCAGUCGCCUUUGACGAUCCAGCGGACGAAGUCAAGUUUCUCGCUCGGGUUCGCAACGAAACUGAUCUAUCGGAAUACGAUGUGACGGAUGACCUGCGCGAAAUGUGUAUCCAGUUCGGUUAUUUGGCCCUCUUUUCGCCGACUUGGCCCCUUGUCCCCGUCUCUUUCUUGAUCAACAACUGGGUCGAACUUCGAUCUGACUUUUUCAAGAUCUGUGUUGAGUGCAGACGGCCUACGCCUCAGCGUGCAGACACCAUCGGACCUUGGCUUGAGAGUUUGGGCUUCCUUUCCUGGGUUGGAAGCAUCACCAGUGCAGCUCUUGUCUAUAUGUUCAGCAACGGCCAUGCUGGACCUAACGGUGAGCCAACCGCCAUUAAAGGUUGGGCGUUGUUGCUGGCUAUCUUCUUUUCCGAGCACCUUUACCUGAUGGUUCGAUAUGCUGUGCGAGCGACCAUGACUAAGAUGGAGCCACCAAACGCUCGGAAGGAGCGGACUGAGCGCUACAUGAUGCGCAAAAGAUAUUUGGAGACCACCCUCCGCGCAGAAGAUGACGAGGAUGAUCUAAACCUGGCUGAAGAAGGCCCUUCAGCUGAGGCUUCCGAAAUCACUCGCGAGUCUCUGGAGGAAGAUGCCAGGGAGGCAACCUCGCAUGGUACAGACCUUGCAGAGCGGUUUUGGAUGCGACAGAAAGGCUGGAGGGAAUCUGCCAAGAUCGGUUCCAGUAUCAUCCAGGCCCAGGCUACAAAACCGGCUGUGAAGAAGCAGCAGUAG